CGCGUGUGUAUGUCUAGAUCUUAAAUCGGCUUAGUGAAUCCUUCAGCUGUAAACCAGCAGUAAAACUCUUGUUACUUUAAGAGUGUGAAUUGCGCUAAAUGUACUUUGGAACCAAAUUUACGUAAAUGAAUAUACGCGUGGCUUUUCGAAUGUCAUCAUGUUUAUGUUGUAGCGUGUUUGUUUUGCGAUCGUGAUUUAUUGCUGUUCUAUCAUCUUUCUUAUGAUCUCUGAAAUCUUGAGUUGACUUUGAAAAAACAUUGUCAUCAGUCGGUGUCUAACUGUCUCAAAAAUAGAACAUAUUAAACAUUUGCUAAAACUCACGCGUGCACCUGAAGAUUAGCAAAAUUUAUCUUUUAUUUAUUUAUUUUGUCUGUAAAUGUCACAGAUAAAACUGUAAUCUAGACGAAGAUAAACGAUAACAAAUUUCUAAGUCAACUAUUUAAACCAUCGGUGUAACCGGCAAUUAUUAAACAGACAUUAAUGAAAGAAAAUGGAGCAAAUUUUUGAAGAAAGGACUUUUUUCGUGGAAAAAGCGAUUCUAAACAAACGAAGGGAAAUGCCAACGGAGAGGAAACCUGGGACACUCGUCACAGAGGGAGAGAAGAAGAGCGGACAGAACGGAGCGACGACGUCGCAGUACGACGACGACGCAGUGCGGGACGAUAGCAAGAGGGAAAGGAUGGCCGGUCAUCGUCUCCGAGACUCGUCCAGGACGCCGGUCAGGACGCUCGCUGCUUGCCUGGUCUACCUUCUGACGUUCCUCGGGUCCUACUGUCAGAUGGCACCAGCAGUCGCCAGUAUCAGCAAGGGCUGGGAGGUAGGGCAAGGCCAUAAGUAUAAGCUGACAACCGUGCUUAUCUUCAGAGAAACCGGACCGGCGAAAUCUGGAGGUGACGUCGGCUUCGGGUUGUCAGGGGAGCUGGAUGUUACUGCCGUAUGGCAGGAUCAUUAUAAACCCAAUAUCUUGCUGCUUCAGUUUCAGUUAUUAUCGCCGCAGUUAUGGAUCAAGUCCCGCCGAGCUCCGGAACCGGAAGAUUUCGUGGAACACUCAUCCAAGGUGAAUCAUGUUGCCGAGAAGCCCUUCUUCGUAACUUGGCAGGACGGCGAUGUUCAACAUUUGUACAUGGAUCAAGACGAGAGCGCGUCGUCCGCGAAUUUAAAGCGAGGUUUAGCUAGUCUUUUUCAAUAUCGAACGCUCGACGACGAGGUGCACCAACGAGACGCCUCCGGUUCCUGCAAUGUGAUUUACACGUCUUCCGGAGAAAAUGUUAUCGAGAAAAAAAAGACUAGAUGUACACAUAAAAGUUUACCGCCUCCAAAACGACACCCGAAUCCAAUAUUCGCUGUCAAACUUGAAAGUCAUCACAAUUCCACAUACGUGCUAUCGCAAAUGCUAUUACCGAAGCACGUGAUUGAGCAUGAGACGCAUACGAUGACUUUAACGGCUAAGUCAGAUAUCGGUACGGGUGUCAUGUCGACGAGGACAUUACAAUAUGUGCAGGAUUUGAACGCAGACGUCGUUAAGGCAGAGUCUGCGAAGCACGCGGUAGCGCUUCUUCAACGAGGAUAUCGGGAAACCGAUAUCGAGCUUCAGCCAGAGCCUGUGACGUGUCCCGAUGCCGGAUGUCCUACGAUUGACCAAACGAUUGAUGAAUAUCGCGAUGCACUCACCGCUUCCGCUCUGGGCACUACAAAGUCCGCAUCGGCUUAUCUCAAGCUUCUACCUCUAGUCAGGAACGCGUUGUCCGAAGAGCUGCACAAGAUCUUGAAAGCGCCGCGUAAUCAUCCAAUAAAAAUGCAGUUGUUGGAUGUGUAUGGUUCUGCGUCUACGUUGCCUGCUCAUGACGCGGCCAUGAAGAUCCUUCGGCAAGAUGCAUUGGGUGAUGAGACCGAGAGAUACCUUUGGGCUCUGUCUGUAUCGCCAGCGCCACAUUUGGACGUUGUCAAAGAUAUUCUUAAACGUUCCGAGGAGACGAUGCAGAACGACAAGGUGUCUGAGACGUACGCGCUCACUGCGGGCGCAAUGGCGUGGCACUACGGGUCCCCCGCGAUGAUAGAAAAGGCGAGAAUCAGCCUGGAGCUGGGCCUAGAUACUUGCACCGGCGAGGAGUGCAUGCUCAAGUUCCUACGAGCUUUACGAAACUUGAGGAGUCGCGCAGCGAUUCCGACGUUGCUGACACACGCGUUGAGUUCCAACAAGGCCGUUAGCGUCGCCGCGUGGCGUGCCUUGGCGGCUCUUCCUCACGAAGCUAUAACCGACGAGUUGAAAAGUGCCGCCCAUAGUAUGUUUUAUCAAAUCGGCGGACCGCGAAGGGAUAGCAGCGCGCGAACGAUCGCGCUGGACAUCAUACUCGAGAACGAGCCUUCGGAGGAAGUGUUACACGAUUUAGUGAACUACUUGAACAGCAAUGAUAUGGUUUACGAAGUCCGAAAGUAUCUGAGUCAACGUCUGGAGCAGAUCGCCGAGAAGAAUGAACGAUUUGCUCUUUAUCUGAAGAAUAUAUACGCAACUGGCGAUAUGAAGAUCAAUAACUAUCAUACGCGAGCGCAGAGAGGUCUCAGCAUCGCAUUUACGAGGAGCUUUUUACGCUCGCCCGACAGCAACGGUUCCUUGGUAACCGUUCAGGAAGUAAGUUCUGGUCUCCUGAAGCGCGGCAUCGUGGAUGUCGUAUUGGAGACCAACGAACACCAGCAAGCGAUGUUCUCGUUGGGAUUGUUCGCUGGCGGUCUCGGCAACUUCGUCUCAAGUCAAAGCGAAGAGCAAACCGAGGAUGAAACGGCCACUGCCGGGAUGCAGAUUGAUUUCCUCGGCAUCGGCAUACGACCGUUCGUUUUCUUCUACGGUCAGACCGAGCUGAUGGGCCACGUGUGGUCCGGUACGGCGUCCGAAAGGACUCCUGCCUUCCAAGCUAUAUCUUCUUUGUACAGUCACAGUGAAUACGUGCCAUUGGGAUCCGGUUUCGUCGCCGAGAUCGACGUUCAAGGCGCUGUGAGCUUCGACCUGGCUGGUCAGAUCGAGCUUAGUUUAUGGUCGAGGAACGCGCAAUCUCGGGUGGAGAUGGUCGCCGGCGUGAUGGUCCAGGGCGGUACCAAAGUGCACUCAAGCUUCGUGCAGAGCAAGGCGGAAUUUUCGAUGGCGAUGGAGCCGAAACUCGAGCUGUUAACCGAUGUGGACUUUGCUGGACCGGUGUCGCUGUGCAUGCGACUCAGUCAACCGGACACGGCGGUGAAGCAUCAGGUUUACAAGAUCGAAAGAAUACCUGGCAGUCGGCACAGACUGAGGAAAACGCGCCGGACGAAGGUUCACUUACCCGGAAGGUCUUACAUGCUCAACCAAAAGAAUAAUGAAAUGUGCACCAAAUUCAAGAGAUAACGUACGUACUGACUUUUUUUAACAAUACGUGAUCGAUAAUAGAAACUGUUUGUUUUGUGAACCAACUACCAUUGUGAACCUCGAUAGUGUAAGGAUGGAAUCUAAAUAAGGCAGCGUUUUUACCUAUGUCUAUAUAUAUACAUAUAUAUAUAAAAAUUGACAUAUAAAUACUACAUAUAAAUUGUACAUAUAAAUUGACAGAUAGUGUGACACUUGAACCUCGGUAUAAAGCUGGAAUUAAUUGACAUCGUUCAAAUGCACUUUUUAAUUAGAUAAUUAGAGAAAAUAAAUAUUGCUAUAAUUUUUUAAAAUUAAAGAAUGUAGUCUGAAAAUUUUGCUAAUUCUAGCAAUCCGUUCUAAACGUUACAUGAAAAGAUAGAAUUCUGAAAAGAUAGAAUUUUAUAUUUUAUUUUGUAAGAAAUUAAAAUAUAAUUUAUGUUAUUGACUAUCUCAUAUAUUUUUCAUUUUAAACUUUUGUUAAUUAGAAAUAUCACGAAAGUACAGUGCAUUUAUCUUCACUUCAAGGUCUGUUAUAUCGAGGUUUAACUGUAUUUAUAUUUUACAUUUUUUAUCUCGAGAAUAUGCUAAUUUUUCUGCGCCAUAGAUAAGCGCUCUGGUUCUGUUAUAAUAAAAAACGAAAACUAUU